AUGAACCCGGGCGUCUCCAUCCCCACGCCAGCCCGGUCUCCCCCGGCGAUGAAGAGGAGCGGGAUGCGCUGGUGGCUCGUCACCGUCCUGGGGGUGCUGAGCGGACCCGGCACGGGGGCCGGGAGCUGUGGUCCCCGGGAGCACGGGACGCCGGGAUGCCCACCCGGAGAGGAGCCCGCCGGGGGUCCGGUGGGGAUGUGCCGAGCUUGUCCCCCCGGCACUUUCUCACCGGGGGACGUAUCCUGCUCUGCUCAUACCCGCUGCCGGGCCGGGAACAGGAUCCUGGUGGAACCGGGGACAGCGGUGACCGACAGCCGCUGCGGAGCCUGCCUGCCGGGGUUUUACAGCCCUGAAGGGGAGAGGGAGCCCCGGGGCCGGUGCCUGCCCUGCGCCGCUGCUCCCCGCAGCACCCCGGGGUGCCCAGGCCGGCGGCGAGCCCGCAGCCCCGAAACACCGGGCCGGGCAGUGGGGACCAACGGGACACGAGUGACCCUGAUGGGUGAGGAAGAGGAGGAGGAGGAGGCGGCGGCGGCGGCGCAGGCGGCCGUGCUGACCAUCGUCCCGGUCUUCUGCGCCAUGGGGUUGUUGGGCAUCCUGGUCUGUAACCUGUUGAAGAAGAAGGGUUACCACUGCACCGCCAGCAAGGAGCCCCAGCCCGGCGGCACCGGUCCCAGCUCCAUCUACCAGCUGGAGGACGCCAACGAGGACACCAUCGGGGUGCUGGUGCGGUUGAUCACCGAGAAGAAAGAAAACGCCGCGGCGCUGGAGGAGCUGCUAAAGGAGCAUCACGGCCAACAGCUGAUGCCACCACCAGACUGCACCCCCCUGAAUAAGCUGCACCUCCUGCCUCAGUUUCCCCCCGCCUGCCGGCACCAGCAGCACCUCCACACGGUGCAAGGUCCGGCCCCGUGCGCCCGCUGCAGCCAGAAGAAGUGGCCGGAGGUGCUGCCAUCGCUCAGCGCCACCAAGGUCCCCAAACCCGGGGGUCGUCCCAGUGAGGUGACCAUCCUCUCCGUCGGCAGGUUUCGGGUGUCGCGGAUCCCCGAGAUGAGGAGCGAGGUGGGGGGUGAACCCCCCCGCGGUCCCCUCCCCGUCGGUAGCGGGAUGCGGCCCCCGUGGUUGAAAAGCACCGAUGGCCCCCUCGAGCUGGCACCGGACCUGGGGGCUGCCUCGGGGGGACGGUGACACCCACAAAGACCCCAUGGCGGGGGACGGAGGACGUUGGGCACCGUGUGAAAGCCAGUCCCGCUUGGAGCCAUGAAGUGCUGGAGGUGGCAGCUUGGCUU